AUGGAUGAGUUAAUGAGAUUGAGGGAUGAAGUUCAAGGGGAGAUAAAUAGACGUGCAAGUGAGAUUGUUGAUCGUCAGAGAGAAGAGGAAGAAAAGAAGAGGAGAGAAGAUGAAGAGACUGAAUCGUUGUUUGCUGCUUGGUUACCGAAGCAUUAUGAGAGGUCAGAUCGGAAAACGGAUGAGAGGUCUGAAAGGCAUCAGAAGGGUCCAAAAUAUGGUAGUGCAACUGAGAGUGACUCCGAAGCAGAUUCUGCAGCAGGGUCCGAGUAUCACGUGGAAGAGGUAAACACCAGUGAAGAAGGAUCUGAUGCUGCUGAGGACAGGCUAAAGAUGGAGAAAUAUUUUCCAGAACCUAAGGUUGAAAAGGAGAAGCUUGUUUUGAUACAUCCCCAAACUGCUCAAGUAGAAGAUUCCAGUGACUCCGAUAAGAAUCUCCCUGAUGCCUCCAAUGACGAUGAAGAAGAAGAUGAAAGUGAUGAGGAGGACUCGUCUUCUGGAGAUAGUGAUACUUCUCCAACUUCAUCAGGCAGCAGUUGCAGUGAACUUUAUACGGAGGACGAGGACUGGAGCUAUGAUGAAUAUGAUUGUUUUGGAGAAGUGUUGGAAGUGGUAGUAGUUGUAAGUUUUUUGGUUUGUGAAAUGGAUGAACAAAGUGCUCCUAUAUUUGGUGUAAUCUUUUCUUUGAAUGGUGCUGUUAAAGUUAUUUCUAGCCUGAGAAUAAUUGAUACUAGAAAUGGUGAUGAAUUUGAACAAGAUGAUGAUGAAAUUGAUGAGGAUAUUAAACAGAUGGAUGAUUAUAGAAUAUGA